CAUCUACCAGAGAAAUUAGAAAUCUUAAACUCGAAACUUGGUGUAAUUAUUGAGAUACCUGAGGAAAUUAUAUGUAGGUAGUGAAUUUACGCAGAUACUCUACGUUAGUAUAUUCGUUACAAUUAAGAUUCGUGGGUGUUUGUAGAAAUUGAGAUUUUUAUUACAUAAACAAACGUUUAAACCAUCAUCGUACAAAGAUGGCAGAUACUACAAAUUCAACAUCAAGCAAUAAUUCAGUACACAUGGAAAAAGGCUGGUUUGCUUUAAGGCAACACAUCAUUGAUAAUAAGAUUAAAGUUGGAUUAUGGUUUACAAGACUUUUUACUAUUAUAUUUACUAUUGGUUAUAUCAUUCCCAUAUUUGGCAAUUCUUAUAAUAUCUAUUAUAAGGUAUUAAUGAGUAAUGCAGCAACAAGUGCGUUACGUCUUCAUCAAAGAGUACCACAUGCUCAACUUAGUAGACAAUUUUUAGAGCAUUUAUUUGUUGAGGAUUCCUGUCAUUAUUUAUUUUAUUCAUUAAUAUUCAUCUAUGCAGCUCCUGUUACAUUGGUGUUAACACCCGUAUUUUUGUUUGCAUUGAUACAUUUUGCAAGUGAUUCUCUUACAUUACUUGAUUGUUUAGCACAAAAUAGCUGCUGGGCAGCACGUCUUUUAAUAUCUUUGGUGGAAUUUCAAGCACAAAAUAUUUUACGAGUUUGUGCAUUUGCUGAGAUAAUUAUUCUGCCAUUCACAUUACUUCUUGUAUUUACAGGUCGCGCUGGCUUAUUGACACCAUUUAUUUACUUCCAAUUUUUGAAAUUUCGUCUUGCAUCACAAAGAAAUCCAUACACUCGUAAUGUUUUCUAUGAAAUCAGAAAUGGGUUAAGUUCAGUCUCUAGGAAACCAAUGGUGCCAAUUAUAGUACGACAAAUAAUUGAAGGUCUAUUGUCACUUACACAACAAAUGGCCCCUGUUCGUCAGUAA